AUGUCAGCUGGAGGCGAGGAGUUGAUUGACCUUCUGCAAGGACAAGGAGGCAUUCACGGGUCGGUCGAUUACGAUAUGCACCGAGCGGGAAACCAUCAUUCCUCACAAUCCUCGUCCCAAACAACGCAGACAGGCGACAACUCGUACUUUGACGCCUUCGACCUGUCUCAACCGCAAAUUCCCACAUUGCUGUCCGGUCCAUCCCCCUCUCAAGCCAACAUGUACCCCCCUUCCAGCCCUGUAGGUCACGGCUUCGCACAGCACGUCACGCCCGCUCAGCUCGCGAUGGUGCUCGACCACACCGUCCCCGCGCCGAACAAUCCCUAUCCCUCGCCCAUUUCGGCCGCGCCGGACUGGUAUCAUAACGGAAACGACUUUGAGGUCCAUCACAGCGAUGAUGCUGGGCCGUCACACCGCCGUUCCAACUCCUCGGCGAGUCACCAAACCAGUACUACCAACGCCACCUCGCGCUCGGUCCCGGCGUCGGAUUACUCGUACUCUGCAACGGAUAUGAGUGAGGGUGAGGAUGCCGAGAUGGAGCAAGCUGAGGUGGCGGAUGGAUUGGGCGAGCUGAGCAUCGGGCGGGCGGGUCUGAGGGGGGAGAAGACGUGGACGCAGGAUGACCAAAAUGCGGUGCAGAAGGGCGGCAAGGUCGGGCCGAUCCGGAGGUCUAGCGGUGGAGCGGCAAAGAAGGCCGAUAAGGAGGUCGAUAGGCUGGAGCACCGUCGACAGAUCAACCGGAAGUCCGCUCAGAAACACCGUCAACGCCGCAAGGACGAGCUCGAAAUUCUCACUGCGAUGGUCGCGGAGCGAGACUCCAAGAUCGCCAACUUGGAAAAGGAACUGGCGGUGGAGAAAGCCAAAGCGGGGCAAUUGAUGGAAUUUGUCAGGCUCAAGAGUAGCUCUGGCGGCUCAGCGCACGGGUCGAAAGGUGGGGAUGCUGAAGAAUCUGGCAGUGAGAGGGAGGCGGCUGCGGAGAAGGGAGGGCGAAAGACAAGGGGGACAGCCAAGACGAGUACGGCGGGCAAGGGCAAGGCGACGGGGACUGUUUAUGGCGAUGGGAGGGAUGCGGGGUGGUGA